GACGUUGACAGUGUUGAUGCUCGAUUUCGGCGUGCGUAUAUACAUGUUUCUUGUUUCUUUCCACAUUUCACUAGAAAGUUAUAUGGUUUUUCUUUAACUAAAGAGCCAAGUAUUUACGUUAUUAUUAAAGUAUUUGUUGCUUAUAAGUUAAAUAACAAUUGAGAAAACACACAAGAUGGAAGCAGCUCAAAAAAGGGGUGCUUCGGUAUUUGAGGAUCUCUCAAAUGUAGAAUUCGAAACCAGUGAAGAUGUGGAAGUUAUUGAAAAGUUCAAAAACAUGAAUCUGAAGGAAGAAUUGCUUCGUGGAAUUUUUGCAUAUGGUUUUGAAAAGCCUUCAGCUAUUCAACAAAGGGCUAUUAAGCCUAUUAUGAAGGGCAGAGAUGUUAUCGCCCAAGCACAGUCGGGAACUGGUAAAACUGCUACUUUUUCAAUAUCAAUUUUGCAAGCCCUUGAUUUGACGAUGAGAGAAACACAAGUAUUGUGCUUAUCUCCAACAAGAGAAUUGGCUGUUCAGAUUCAGAAAGUUAUACUAGCUUUAGGUGACUUUAUGAAUGUACAAUGUCAUGCAUGUAUUGGUGGAACAAAUCUUGGAGAGGAUAUAAGGAAACUUGAUUAUGGACAACAUGUUGUUAGUGGAACACCAGGAAGAGUAUAUGACAUGAUUCGAAGAAGAGCCCUUAGGACAAGAUCAGUAAAAAUGCUGGUUCUAGAUGAAGCUGAUGAAAUGUUAAAUAAGGGUUUCAAAGAACAAAUUUAUGAUGUAUACAGAUUUCUUCCUCCUUCCACACAAGUCGUUCUUAUAUCAGCUACUUUGCCCCAUGAAAUUUUGGAAAUUACAUCAAAGUUUAUGACUGAUCCCAUCAGAAUCUUGGUCAAACGUGAUGAAUUGACACUAGAAGGCAUCAAACAAUUCUUCGUGGCAGUAGAGAGAGAAGAAUGGAAAUUUGACACCCUCUGUGAUCUUUAUGAUACAUUGACAAUUACUCAAGCCGUUAUUUUCUGUAAUACCAAAAGAAAGGUAGAUUGGUUAACUGAAAAAAUGAGAGAAAACAACUUCACUGUCAGCUCAAUGCAUGGUGACAUGCCUCAAAAAGAAAGAGACAAUAUCAUGAAAGAGUUCAGAUCAGGGCAAAGCAGAGUAUUAAUUACUACAGAUGUUUGGGCAAGAGGGAUAGAUGUACAACAAGUUUCAUUAGUUAUUAAUUAUGAUUUACCAAACAAUCGUGAAUUAUAUAUUCAUCGUAUUGGUAGAUCUGGUAGAUUUGGUAGGAAAGGUGUUGCCAUCAAUUUUGUUAAAUCUGAUGAUAUUAGGAUUUUGAGAGAUAUUGAACAAUAUUAUUCUACUCAAAUAGAUGAAAUGCCUAUGAAUGUUGCUGAUCUAAUUUAAAUUUGUAGAAAGGAG